GUAAGGCGAAUGCUGAGGCUGCCUCUUACACUACGGAGCCAUCCUUUCUGACAUUGAGCUAUGGAAAUGCCUCUACCACGGUUCUUGCUUCUUGGGUGCGCGCAGCCGAGUUCGCUGAACAAUGUCGAAGCCUGGCGGAGAUACAUGGCCUCAAAGCCAAGUUUGUUCUGAUCACCACCCAAGAAAUGGCAGAGGCAAAACAGCAGCACUUCGCCAUCACCACAGCUCCACAUUCGCAUCAACUCAGGAGGCUUUAUUUGAAACCUCUUGCUACGGAGUUGCCUGACCUCCCACCAGAUCCCAUAGCUAGCAGCACGCACAGACCAACGGAGACCCAGCUUUUCGUUUUCGAAUCAGCAUUCCCAGAUCCUUUGUGUCCAGGGACCGGUGGAUCACUUUACAGUACUUUGCAGCAAGCUCCAAAAGAGGCAGUUGCCGCCUUAGAACCCGAAUCCAACAACGGAAAAGGAGGAGGCAGUGGCGUUGGUUUGAGGAGAACUGAUGGCAGCAAGCCUCCGAUCACGGCCAAAAUUUGGAGACUCACAGGGGCUCCGAAUUUGUUUCGAGCCAUCGAUAUCUCUCAGGCUUUGGAAGGAGCAGGAUGUGCAGAUGUCAUGGCUAUUCAGCCACCCAGAGGACAAAAGCCAUGGCUAAUCAAAGCCAAACCAGCCAAAGACAGUUCUGAAGAUUUCUACGGCAUCAGCACAGUUGAGCACACCUUACUUCUCAGCAAAGUUCCUCCCAGAAACGCCAGCUUGGCUUCCAGAGCACCUCAAGCUUCUACAGCCAAGAAAUCACAAGCCAAAGCGUCCACAGCAACCGUAAAGAAGCGAAGCUUUGAGGAGAUCAUUCCUCCAACUACUCCCAAAAGUAGCUCUUGUGCGAAACCAAAGAUCUUUUCUUGGCCUUGCAACAUUUGCGGGACGGUGAUCAAGGGCACCACCGCUCUGCGUUUGUCCCAAGAUCGGGGAUCACACAUGUCCUACAGGCAUUCUGAUGUGCCCGGCAAUACUUUGGCAUCAUCCCUGUCAGCUACACCUUGGAUCCGUGACAGGAUCCGGAAAACUCACGAGGAGCAAAAGGCCAGAGUGAAGACCAACGCAGUUCUGGACACCAGAUUGGUCCACUUGGCCUGCACUUUCCAGGUGUGGCUGAAGCAAUCAGCCCACAACAAGCAGCUGCUUUUGGACGCUUGGGGCAUUACACUGUCGCAAACCAAUGCCAAAUUCCAGCAGCGGCAGCAACACUCGAUGCUUCACGCGCCCUCGCAGUGCACUGCUGCAACCUUGAUCAGCAUCAAUACAGGAGGAGCGCCCGGGGUAUGGAGAGCAAUCGACAGAUUCCUUGUUGAAGCAGAACAACCACCGGCAAUCAUGUGUAUGCAAGAGGCAGCUCUCUCAGCCAAUGAAUAUGACGCAGUGGCAAGCCGUUUCAAUUUUCUUGGUUACAGCACUUUCUAUGCCAAAGCGGCACAUCCCCACAGGCCUUCUGGCGGGGUGCUGAGCGCUACUCGGAGGGAACUUAGGGCUCAGCUCCUGCACGCACAUUUUGAAGAAGACCACCAGCACAUUGCCAUAAGUCUUGGUAGCUGGAUCCUCCUGAACAGUUAUGUUCCACCAAGGCCAAAUUUGCUUGAACAAGCUCUGACGAGCGUCAAUGAAAUUUUGAGUGUACACAGAGCCAACGCAGGCAGCAGACCUUGGCUAUGGACGGGAGACUUCAACGACUCUGCAGCUCAAGUUCAAACUACAGCAAACCUUCAUGACGGCAGCCUCCUUCAAGCGCAGACCGCCUGGAAGGGCACUUACAGUAUUGACCAGAUCUGGACCAACAGAGGUGAUCUGACGAGGGUGCAUGAUAUCAGCACGGAGAGGAUAUCCAACCACAAGGCUUUGCAAUGCUCUAUUGAAGUCCUUUGGAAAGAGGAGGACACGGAGGAACCUCCGGUUGAUACUACGUGGGGGCUCUACAACCAAGCCCUCUUUGAUUGUUUUCAACACACGGCGACUCGUAUGCUUUUGGCAGAUUCAGAGACGAGCACUACAGCUUUCAACCUGUGGGAAUUCAAGGCGUCCACAGCCCAGCCGAAGCCACUGGACACUUUAAGAAGCGACCUACAAUCACUGGGAGACGGUCUGGUCGGACAGCAGCAUCAGCAAACAGCAAAAGAUCGAUGUGCUCCUGUGGUUGGUUGGCGUCUUUGGAUUACUCUCUUGGCAGCCACGGCGGCCAUGCAACAGCUAGGAAUGCCAGCAGGUUUAUGCAAUGCUCUUUGUUUUCAGUGGAACCACCAACGGCGCCUCCUUCAAUGGCAGCAAGACAUUCUUGCCCGGCCGCUAGAGACAGCAGUGGCGAUCCCGCAAGGGGAUGCACUAUCACCACUGGCUUUAGGUGUCUACAUGUAUGCAGGGCUUCGUUUCGUGGAAGUUCAAACACCAGAAAAUGCUCAGCAAAGGCAACGUUCCAUCUACAUGGAUGACAGAACAUGGACAUGCAGUAGCCCAGCACUCUUGAUGCAAACCUUGAGGAGCUGUGAAACUUUUAGCAACAGCAUCGGUUUACAAGAAAACCCCGAGAAAACGCAAUUGGUUGGCAGCAGCCAAUACAGACGCAGAAGGCUCAAGGAGGAGCUUGCAGAUCAACGACUGUUGGCAGAGAAAGUAUCUUCCUCCGCUCUUGUCCUUGGUUGCUCAACAGGUAAAGCACACUGCAUUCAGAAGAAAGAAAAGCAGAGGAUUGAAGCAGCAAAAGCACUUUAUGCCAGGCAGAGCAUUCUUCCGGUCAAGCAGCGGACAAAGCUGAACGACCAACGCAGUCUUGGUGUUAGCAAGGCGGCAUAUGGUUGGGUUGCUAACACAUCACCUCAGUCACACAGCACAGACCAUGACAAAAUGGCACGGAAAGCUAGCAGACCUUUCACUCAAGUAGCGAUCAAUCUUCACAAUUUGCAGGUUGUGAUAGGAACCAGACAGGUUCUCCUGUGGUUGAAGAGGAAAUGCAUGGAGUCUUGGACAUGGCAACAAGACAGAGCCAGCCAAAUCGCGCAAGAGGCGCGCCAGUGGUUGACAGACCGUGGUUGGGAGCAAAUUCGACAAGGAUGGCAUCAUCCAGUGCUUGGCAAAGAACUUCACACCGCCUUUGCACAAGGUGAAAGAUGGAUCCCAGUUACAGCAAAGUCCAUUGCACAUUUGUGCAGGGAGGGUUGGAGGACGCAGCAGUGGGAGGAAUUUUUGCAUUCAGGCAGAAGGGAGAGCCGGAUUUUGGGCCUUUGGCCCUAUGAUGAAGUCAGGUUCUCACAUGUGAGAAAAAUUGCACAAGAAACCCAGGGAGCGGCUUUGGCGAUUCUCUACGGGGCGGUUCUCUACGGGGCGGUGAGCCCGGCAUGUUUUGGACUGCUCUGUGGCAAACUUUUCGUAG